CCUGUUCAACACUGACACCCAGCUGAUGAAAAAAACAACAAAAAUACUGCGACAGAACACGCGUAAUUUGUAGGACUCCAGGGAAAGACCUGACUUUUAAGGAUGAGCCUAGCAAAUGGUGUCAUGGGAAAUGGCGAAUUCAGACUUCCACAAUGCUGGAAGGACGACGCCGUCAUGCAAGUGCAGUUCGCCAUGUUCCGAUCGCGGCACCUAAGCACCGAGGACUAUGACGCCAAAAUGAAGUUCUGGAAGGAACUCAUCGGCAACUACCUGAGGUUCUGCGGCAGACCGGUCUUCAGCCUUCGGGAUCUGCAGCUACAGUUCAUGCGGGGAGAGCAACUGCCCGCCUGCCUGGACACGGUUUUAUCGCAAAUGCAGCAACAGAAACUAAUCCGAUCUCGUACAGAGUUCGAGUACGAUCCGGCGAAUUCCUGGAGCGGCUGGCUUGUGAACAGCCUUGUAAAACGCCCCCUUUCCUGGAGUUGGUCGAAGAUCAAGCACAGUGUGGUUGCUGAGGAUCUGGAGGCUGCAUCCACUGUCGAAUGGAUUCAUCUGGAUGUCUUAAACAGCACUUGCGACCUCAUAACCAAAAAUAUCCUGCCUGAGAAUAGUGGAAAACUUCUCCAUUUUGAUGCCUUCAAAAGCCUUUGCAAGUCGCAACAGAUUCGGAUCCAAUCGGACAAAGACUUAUAUGUGUGCCUGAUUUCUUUAAAUGUUCGGCAAAUCGUUGGUCUGGAAUUUAAAAUUGAAAAAGGAUUGCGCGAAAUUCACUUGGUGAAAAUACCGAAAAAACACGGCGAGGAUCUCAACAUAAGCCAAGAAGAUCAUGCUGUCCACAACCUACAGAACACUCAAGCACAGUUACUGAAGCAGUUGGAGAACUUGGAGGAAGAUAUCAAGGUAAACGACGAUAAGGCGCGCCAGUACUUGAAGGAAAACAAGCGGCAAAUGGCCAAAACAUAUCUCCGUAAGAGGCAUCUCCUGGAAAAGAAUCAUGAGCGCCGCAGUAUCGCCCUGCACAAUAUUGAAUCCUUGCUGUCCAGCGUAGACGAGGCGCAAAACAGUGGAGUUGUUUUGGACGCCUACAAGAUCGGAUCGAAUACCUUGAAAAAAGUGCUUUCGGACUCUGGCCUGAAGUACGAUAAUGUCGACGAGGUUCUGGCCGAUGUGCGGGAAACUCUAGACCAGCAUAGGGAAGUUCAGGACGUCAUGUCCAACAGCUCCGUCGUGGAAGGUGCGAGUCAAGACGAGGACCAGCUCGAAAAGGAACUGCGUGAAUUGUGCGGCGAAACGGCCAAUCCAAUUUCUCCCAGUCCCAUAUCAUUUAUUAAUAACAAUGACAGGCCAGAGGUAGUGAUCACAGACGAGGAAGUUAUUGCCAUGCUGCAAAAUCUAGAUGUCGAGGAUGGAACUAUGCCGCAGUCCAGCGUCAAAAGCACGAGAAUAGGACUUUAAGAUAAUUGCUCAAAUUGUGUUGUGUUUAUACAAAUUGAAUGUGUUGGUUUUCUUUUAUAAAAUAAAUAUUAUUACUAUAAAAUUUA